CUAAAAUAAAUAAUCUCUCUUUAUAAUAAUCACGGUAGAUGCUGAAACCAUAAAUAUGUUUUCUGCAUACCUAGAAAUCAAAGUAUUUUAUUGAAGCAAAAUAUCAACGCUCUUUCAAGUUGUUUGAUGUUAAUCGUAUGAAUCGAUAGCCGCAAUUAGAAAUUUGAAUAGCUUAGAACUAAACAAAUAUUGUUUGUUAACCAGGGAGUUUAAUCAACUUAUUGCAGAGCUAGUUUUGUUUCUUUUCUUUUAACUGAUAGCAUGAAAAAUUCGUUGUCCUUUACAUUUUACUUGACAUAUGAAUAUCAAUGAAUGUAUUCACACCGAUUUAGAAGUAUUUCAAAAACCAACUAAGAAUAUCGCAAUAGUACAUACCUAGUCACGAGAAUUGCUGCUCAACCACACCGGGUAUUUUCUCUCCUUAUAAGGCCUUUUAAUGGCGAGUGACAGAAAAUAAAAUCACACCCAGUUGACAGCCCACACGAUGCAUGGCUCAGAAGUAAACUGCGGUUAGAGUUCUCUUCGAUAUCAUUGAUAUUUCGAUAAUCGAACAGUACGAUUGUCUGCUUUCGUUGGUCAACGCCGACCACCUUCAGAUUAAGCAGUGAUCGAAUUGGCCUUCGCGCCAAACCUUUUGAUUAUUGCACGUUUGUUUAAUUCACCAUUCUUUAGUUAGUUAAUUGCUUGAAACUUGAAUUUUCCUGAAACUUACUUUAGGACAGGUUAUGCGUAUAUAAUUAUUGAAUCUAAAUCAGAAUGUUACAGUCCAUUCAUACCCUCCCAUUAUCAGAAAUAGUGACUUCGCAACUCAAAGCAAAUGGUUUUUGUUAUGUUGAGGACAUUCGACAAUCAACAGAACUGCCUAUAUCCUCUUCCGACAAAAUCCAAGAGGUGCAGAUUUUAUCUAACGUGCCUAGAUGUAUUUCAGCUUUAGAUAUUUUACAAGAGGAGUUGCAACGUGACAAAAUUUCAACCCUUAGCUACGAGCUGGAUAACAUUUUGGGUGGAGGAUUUCAAUGUGGAACUAUCACUGAAUUGUGUGGGGCGCCUGGUUCAGGAAAAACCCAAAUUUGCCUGCAGCUAUGCAUUACUGUUCAAAUGAGCAGAAUUCGUAAGGGAUUGGGUGCAGAAGCCUUAUAUAUGGAUACGAGAAACGGAGUUUUGGGUGCAAGAUUGAGAGAAAUGGCGAUGGGUUGUCAAGCUUACUUUGAAGAUGAGGUUUUUGAUGUGAAGAAAAUUUUAGAGAGGAUAACCGUCGCAUCUCCGCAAAGUUUUGAUGAAAUCGUCGCAGUUUUAGACAACUUUGAAUAUUUGAUCAAGAAUCGUCAGGUACGUUUGGUGGUGUUAGACAGUCUCUCAUUUCUCCGUCAUAGUUUGGAAAGUGCCUUCAAUUGCACGCAGAUUUGCUUCCAAAUAUUAGACACGCUGUAUAAGCUAUCAACAAAACAUAAUCUGGUAGUGGUCAUUACAAAUGAAUUAAUAACAAAGUUCAACGGUGAAAGAGAUACUGACUUAUAUCCGGCCGGCGGAACAUUUUGUGCACAUCGGAUCCAUACGAGGCUAAUGCUUACAUGCCUCAACAACAAUCAAUUUUCGAGUGAAGCUAUAAAAGCUUCUAUGGUUCCUCAAAUUUCAAAAAAAUUUCAGGUAACUACAGAAGGUGUUAGAGACAUAAUCAUGGAAAAAAUUGGAACAUAACGGUUCUACAUGGUACUCAUAUAAGCAGUUCAUCUUCAAUAUCCAUCGCCUGUUUGCUAAUUCGUUGAGCCUACAUUAUUGAUUGAAAUUUUUCUGAAAAACUAAGGAUCAUAAACAUGGCAAUUUGAUGGAAUGGCGCAUCUCAUCCUGUGACCAAUGAAACCAAAGUAUCCCUGUAAUCACCGGAAACAUCAUCCUGCAAAAAAAUACAAUAUUUCAUCAGCGAAUGCUAGAAUCAUGGGUAUUAUUAUCAUUAUUAUUGUUAGUAUUCCACAGUCAGUCUGACUGGCUGAUUUGUUUAUGAAAAACAAGGCAAUUGAAUUUUUCUAAAUAAACUCAGAAGUUAAUGCAAACGUUAUUACAUGCACGAAUUUCAAUUGUUAAAAUUCUAUUAGUCAACUGUUCACAGAAGACUGAAGAUUCUUAAUUAUUGGUUACAAAUUUGACAAUUGUCGUGUUCGAAUAAAUUUUGUAAAAAUUUGAUGUGGUAUCGCAGUAGUUGUGGCAAAGGAACAAUAGUGAUUGGGAAAUGUUCUAUGCUUAAUGUACUUUUUUUUUUUUUAUUAGCAUCCAAAGAUUGUACAUUGAUACAGUAACAUGCUCUCAGAAUUAAAAUUUAAAUAAAAUAAUGUCAGAAGCAACGAAGGGGAAUUUGCCUUGUUGUUGCAAAAUAUAAUAUCAAUCUAUGUGUAAUAUAAAUAGUGUAAAUAGUUUCGUUAAAAAAGGGACAACACCAUGAUGGCUAAUAUGUAAAAAAAAAUAAAUUGAAUAGAAUAUAUACAGAUCAU